CGCGGGGGAGGCCCUAGUCCCAGCAAGCGUCCGAGGGCGAGUUUUUUCCACAGAAGUGGAGAAAGCAGUUUGGGCAAGUGGUGAAACACCUUCACUUUACGAUGUCUGAAGAUGAAGAAAGAGUGAAAUUGCGCCGUGUUGAGCCAGCUAUCCAGAAAUUCAUUAAAGUAGUAAUCCCAACAGACCUGGAAAGGUUGAGAAAACAUCAGAUAAAUAUUGAGAAGUACCAGCGAUGCAGACUCUGGGACCGAUUACACGAAGAGCAUAUCCAUGCCGGACGGACAGUUCAGCAACUCCGCUCCAACAUCCAACAAAUGGAGAAGCUCUGUUUGAAAGUCCAUAAGGAUGACAGAGGAGUUCUGAAAAGAAUGAUGGACCCUGUUAAAGAAGCAGCUUCAGGCGCAAUAGCAGAAUUUCUCCAACUUCACUUGGAAUCCGCAGAAGAACUUAAAAACCAGUUUAAUGAUGAUGGAACCUCACUUCACUCUCCUUUGACAAGAUCAAUGACUGUAGGAGAAGCAUUUCAACAUGCCAAAGCUGAAGCUGGUCCCCAGAGUUUGGUCCAGGUGUAUUCAUCCCUGCCUGAAAUUCCUCAAGAUCAAAAUGCUGCAGAGUCCUGGGAAACUUUAGAAGCGAGUUUGAUGGAACUCAACCAGCUAAUAACUGAUUUCUCUGUGCUAGUGAAUUCUCAGCAGGAGAAGAUUGACAGCAUUGAAGACCAUGUCAACAGUGCUGCUGUGAAUGUUGAAGAGGGAACCAAAAACUUGGGGAAGGCUGCAAAAUACAAGCUGGCAGCUCUGCCUGUGACAGGUGCAAUCAUUGGAGGAGUCGUAGGGGGUCCACUUGGCCUCUUUGCAGGCUUCAAGGCAGGGAUUGCAGCUGCAGUUGGUGGUGGGUUGUUGGGCUUCACAGGUGGAAAAUUGAUACAAAGAAAGAAACAGAGAAUGAUUGCGAUCACUUCCAGCUGUCCGGAUCUUCCUAGGCAAAGUGACAAAAAAUCCAGCUGAAACUAGACCUGUUUCAUGAGGAUCCUAUAGCAGUGUUGAUGAUGUCCUUUGCCAAUGAUGAUGGAUGCACAGUCGGCUCAUGGAAGACAAGCUUACUGAUAUAAGAAAUGUAGACGAUCACAUGGAAUAGAAUUGGAUCAGAGGAAACAUUUUGUCAUUUGACAGGGUAUAAUUGGAAUAUUAGUGUUUCAGGAGCCCAGUUGAGUUGAGAACUGCCUUUCAGGUGAAGUUAAAAGACUGCCAAGUUACAGAUUUUCUACCUGACUAUGUGGUAGCUUGAAUUAUGGCCUUCACAAGGACUAGGAUCACACGUCAGUCUGCUUGUUAGUGUUUAGUUCAAGGUGGAGGGGGGGCAAAUGGAUAAUAGAGGAAUGCUUUCCUCAUUUACCCUGGCUUGAAGACCCUAAGAAUUGGCAAGAUUGUAAGAAAUUAUUUCAACCCAGGAAAAGAAAACGAAAGUUGGAACUUGGCCUCUGGGUGGAGGCACAAUUGAGGUGUUACCAUGUUCAGCAUGUGUCCAGUGGGUGAGAUGGCUGCAGUCUGGCACACUCCCAGAUUACUGAAGUGAAUGAAGUCCAGCCCAGCACAGGUCUGCCCUGCCAAGAACUGUAAAGAGAAUGGAAAAACAGUCAGUACCUCUUCAUACCCUGUUUUCUUUUUUUUGUCAAGGCAUCUCCUGCCUCUCUUAGGAGUUCUCUAAUUUAUUACUUUGGACUCUGCCUUCUUUCCUCCCUUUUUUCUUCUGCUUCUCUUCUAAUAAAGAAAACAAAUGGUAGGAGACUUAUUUUGCUAGUCACGGACAUUCCUGCCAAUCUGUCUCCCUACAUCUUCUAUGAUCCUUUGCUUCUUUCCUCCUGUGGAAAGAUCUGUACUUUAAAGGAUAAAUUCAACCCACCUGUAGUGAGAAAUUUAGUUUAUAAUAUGUGCUUGGUAGCUCUUUCUCUCCAUACUUACUUUCUUGAACCUCCAAGAGAAAAAAGAUAACAGUCCCCAAUCAAUCUGUUUCAGUGUUUCAGUCAGAAAGGGGACGAAGCCAAGGUAACACCUUCCUUUGGCACCUCCCCAUCUCAGGACAUCAGUGUGCUCCUUGGAGGUAACCUGCUAGGCAGCCAGGCCUUGUCUGAAAAGUCUUCCCCCUAAAUAACAUUUUAAGAGAACAGAGAACUUAACCUGCUUAUCUCAUCAGAUUGAUGUAAGAAGGACCUGGAAGUUUUAGUCGACUUCAAGAUCAAUGAGUCAGCAGUGUUACUUGACAGCCAAAAAAGCUAAUGUAUUCUUAGACUUCAUUGAUAGAAGUAUAGUAGGAAGUCAGUCGAUCAACAAACAUUUAUGAAGGGCCUUUAAUGUGCCAAUCAAAGAACACAAAGAAAGGCAAAAGACAGUCCCUACCCUCAAGGAGCUCACAGUCUAAUGGAUAAUCCUGCUAGAUUUUGUCCUAACCAUGACACUUAUCUCCAGUAUUGUAUCCUGUUUUUGAAGCCACAUUUCUGGAAGAAGAAUGACAAGUUUAUGUGCAUACCUAGGAGGGUGGUCAAGAAUCUAAACCAGAGGUAUCAAACAUUUGAGCUACAAGAAACAUGCAUGCAACCUGUAAAACUCACAUGCUGUCCAAACAAGAUUAAAAUGCAAUUGGGAAAUAUUAACAAAAUACAGUAAAAUAUAGAUAACAUUACGUUUUAAAACUAAGUCAAUAUUUGGCCUGCAGAGAUCUUUAUGAAUAGAUUAGUGGCCCCCAUUUCUUUAUGAUACCACUGAUCUAUGAGAAUCAGUUGGAGAUACUAGGAAUGUUCAACCUAGAGAGAGUAAAUUUGGAGGGUAUGUAAUAGUAGUCAUAAAAUAUUUGAAAGGCUAUAUCAUAUGGAAAAGGAAUUUUUUUUUCCUGGGUCUCAAAGUAUCCUUUGGGGGGAGGGGCACAAUGAGGGUUAAGUGACUUGCCCAGG